AGGGUGAAGUGAAGAAGUGAAGCCUCCCAGCUGAACUACUAUGAGGUCAGAAGCCUUGCUGCUAUAUUUCACACUGCUACACUUUGCUGGGGCUGGUUUCCCUGAAGAUUCUGAGCCAAUCAGUAUUUCGCAUGGCAACUAUACAAGACAGUAUCCGGUGUUUGUGGGUCACAAACCAGGGCGGAACACCACGCAGAGGCACCGGCUGGACAUCCAGCUUGUCAUGGUCAUGAAUAGGACCCUCUACAUUGCUGCUAGGGACCAUAUUUAUACUGUUGAUAUGGACACAUCACAUACAGAAGAAAUUUAUUUUAGCAAAAAAUUGACAUGGAAAUCUAGACAAGCUGAUGUAGACACAUGCAGAAUGAAGGGAAAACAUAAGGAUGAGUGUCAUAAUUUUAUUAAGGUUCUCCUGAAAAGAAAUGAGGAUACACUGUUUAUCUGUGGAACAAAUGCAUUCAACCCUUCAUGCAGGAACUACAAGAUGGAUACCCUGGAGUUUCUGGGAGAUGAAUUCAGUGGAAUGGCCAGGUGUCCCUAUGAUGCAAAGCAUGCCAAUGUUGCCCUGUUCGCAGAGGGAAAGCUGUAUUCUGCCACAGUGACUGACUUCCUUGCAAUAGAUGCAGUCAUAUACCGGAGCCUUGGAGACAGCCCAACUCUGCGGACAGUUAAACAUGACUCAAAGUGGUUGAAAGAACCAUACUUUGUCCAGGCGGUGGACUAUGGCAAUUACAUUUACUUCUUCUUCCGGGAAAUAGCAGUGGAGUACAACAGCAUGGGAAAGGUAGUCUUCCCAAGGGUGGCUCAGGUUUGCAAAAAUGACAUGGGAGGAUCUCAGAGAGUGCUGGAAAAACAGUGGACUUCCUUUCUCAAGGCUCGUUUGAACUGCUCGGUUCCUGGCGAUUCACACUUCUACUUUAACAUACUGCAGGCGGUUACAGAUGUUAUCCAUUUCAAUGGCCGGGAUGUUGUUUUAGCAACCUUCUCCACUCCAUAUAAUAGCAUCCCUGGCUCUGCAGUGUGUGCCUAUGACAUGCUUGACAUCGCCAAUGUGUUUACUGGGAGAUUCAAAGAACAAAAGUCUCCAGAUUCCACAUGGACACCAGUUCCUGAUGAACGAGUGCCCAAGCCCAGGCCUGGUUGCUGUGCCGGCUCUUCAUCAUUAGAAAAAUAUGUAAGCUCUAACGAGUUCCCAGAUGAUACUCUGAACUUCAUCAAAACACAUCCACUGAUGGAUGAGGCUGUACCUUCCAUUGUCAAUAGACCCUGGUUCCUGAGAACGAUGGUCAGAUACCGCCUGACUAAAAUUGCUGUGGACUCUGCCGCUGGGCCAUAUCAGAACUACACUGUGGUUUUCCUGGGAUCAGAGAAAGGAAUCAUCCUGAAGUUCUUGGCACGGACAGGAAACAGUGGUUUCCUAAAUGACAGCCUUUUCCUGGAGGAGAUGAACGUUUACAACCCUGAAAAGUGCAGCUACGACGGUGUGGAAGAGAAGCGGAUCAUGGGCAUGCAGCUUGACAAGCCCAGCAGCGCCCUGUACGUCGCCUUCUCUACCUGUGUCAUCAGGGUUCCUCUGGGGCGCUGUGAGCGUCACGGCAAAUGCAAAAAGGCCUGCAUAGCAUCCAGAGAUCCCUACUGCGGAUGGGUGAGGGAGAGCGGGACGUGCACGCAGCUGCCCCUUGGCUCCAAACUGCCAUUUGAACAGGACAUAGAACAUGGCAAUACAGAUGGCCUGGGUGACUGCCAAAAUUCCUUCGUAGCCCUGAAUGACAUUUCAACUGCUUCACCCGAUCAUGAAGUGUCUUACGACACAGCGUAUGGACACUCCAGUUCCCUAGUCCCAAGCACCACCACUUCCGACUCUCGCGCUCGACAGGGUUAUGAUGCUAGGGGACGCAUGCUGGAUUGGAAGGAUCCGCUUGGUUCAUCAGAAAACACAGAUCCAUAUGUGGCAGUUUCAUCCCAUAAUCAUCAAGACAAGAAGGGAGUGAUUCGUGAGAGUUACCUGAAGGGUCACGACCAGCUGGUACCAGUCACCCUGUUGGCCAUUGCUGUUAUUCUUGCUUUUGUCAUGGGGGCCGUCUUUUCAGGAAUUAUAGUGUACUGCAUCUGUGACCAUCGCCGCAGAGACAUGGCUGCUGUGCAGAGGAAGGAGAAGGAGCUGACCCACUCCCGCCGCGGCUCCAUGAGCAGCGUUACCAAGCUCAGUGGCCUCUUUGGGGACGCUCAGUCCAAGGAGCCGAAGCCUGAAGCGAUCCUCACGCCUCUGAUGCACAAUGGCAAGCUGGCUACCCCAGGCAGCACUGCCAAGAUGCUGAUCAAAGCUGACCAGCACCAUCUGGACCUUGCCGCCCUGCCAACCCCUGAGUCCACCCCAACCCUGCAACAGAAGAGAAAGCCAAGCCGUGGCAGCAGGGAAUGGGAGAGAAACCAGAACCUCAUCAAUGCCUGCACAAAAGAUAUCCCUCCGAUGGCCUCGCCCGUGAUUCCAACCGACCUGCCGCUCAGGGCUUCUCCUAGCCACAUUCCCAGUGUUGUGGUCCUGCCCAUAGCCCAGCAGGGCUACCAGCACGAGUACGUUGACCAGCCAAAAAUGAGCGAUGGGGCUCAGAUGUCUGUGGAGGACCAGAAUGCUACCCUUGAGUACAAAACUAUCAAGGACCAUCUCGUUGGUAAAAGCCCCAGCCACGGGGUUAACCUAGUGGAGAACCUUGACAGCAUGCCACCAAAGGUGCCCCAGCGGGAAGCUUCCCUCGGGCCACCAAGCACCUCGCUGUCACAGAGUGGCCUAAGCAAGCGGCUGGAGAUGCACUCAUCUGCUUACAGCGUGGACUACAAGAGAAGCUACCCUACAAACUCGCUCACGAGAAGCCACCAGACGUCGACCCUCAAAAGAAACAACACUAACUCCUCUAACUCGUCCCACCUUUCCCGCAAUCAGAGCUUCGGACGGGGAGACAACCCACCGCCAGCCCCGCAGCGAGUGGACUCCAUACAAGUCCACGCGGCGCAGGCCCAGGCUGUGACUGUAUCGCGGCAGCCGAGUCUCACCGCUUACAACUCGCUGACGAGGGCAGGGUUGAAACGCACGCCCUCACUAAAGCCAGACGUACCUCCCAAGCCUUCUUUUGCUCCGCUCUCCACAUCCAUGAAGCCCAAUGAUGCGUGUACAUAA